AUGUUGGACAAUGCCAACAUCGAUGAUUUGGAGAAGAUGUUGCACAAUGGGGAGGAGAACUUUACCGAUGAAAGAGAAUUUCAGAAGUUCCAGUGGCGAUUCUGGUGCUUCACAAGGAUUACUUACAUGUCAAUAGCUUAUCUUUAUGGUAAGAGAUUUGUUGGUCCAAUUACACCCACUAUAUUAGCAUUAAGGGAGGAACUCCACAGUUUGCCAUAUAACGAGAUCGAUUGGAGUAAGGCUCGCAAUACUUGUGCCAAGGAGGACAUGCGCUAUCGACCUUCAGCAAUAUACAAAUCUAUUGCAACUUGUUUGAACAUGUUUAUGGAGCCGGUGUUGAACUGUUGGCCGAUUAACAAGCUAAGAGAGCGAUCUUUGAGCCACAUCAUGGAGCAUAUCCACUAUGAAGAUGAAAUUACUCAAUACGUUGGCUUAUGUCCUGUUACAAAGGCACUGAACAUGAUUUGCCGUUGGGUAGAAAAUCCAAAUUCAGAUGCACUCAAACGACAUCUUCCAAGGAUACACGAUUAUUUGUGGAUUGCUGAAGACGGCAUGAAAUCCAAAAUAUAUAGUGGUGCCCAAAACUGGGAGAUAGCAUUUAUAGUUCAGGCAUUCUUGUCAUCAGACCUUAUUGACGAAUAUGGUCCGACCCUUGAGAGAGCACUCAGAUAUAUGAAGAAAGCACAAGUUACUAGAAAUCCUCCUGGGGACCGAAGUUACUGGUUUCGCAACAGAUCAAUAGGUUCAUGGACACUUUCAACUGUAGAUAAUGGCUGGGGUUCAAUUGACACUUCUGCUGAAGUAAUUAUGGCAAUACUGUCACUAUCAAGGAUAUUUCCUAACAUUGAUCAGAAUUCAGAAGAAAAUCAAUGGUUGUUCGAUGCUGUUGAUUUCAUUCUUAGCAGCAGGAACAAAGAUGGUUCAUUUUCUUCAUUUGAAAGGCAAAGAACAUAUUCGUGGCUAGAGAUUUUGAAUCCUUUGGAGAGUUUUCGAAAUCUCGUCUCCGAUUACCCAACGGUUGAAGUCACUUCCUCAGUUAUGCACGCUCUGAUAGUCUUUGGAGAGCAUUAUCCAUGGUACCACAGAGAACAGAUGACAGAAUAUGUCAACAAAGCUGCCUUAUAUAUUGAGAAUAAUCAGAAAAAGGACGGAUCCUGGUAUGGCACUUGGGGCAUAUGUUUUAUCUAUGGGACCCUCUUUGCCAUUAAAGGCUUAGUUGCUGCUGGGAGAACUUAUGAGAACAGUAUUUGCAUCAAGAAAGCAUGCAGCUUUUUGCUGUCAACACAACUCAGAACAGGUGGCUGGGGAGAGAGCUAUCUUUCCUGUGAAAGAGAGGUUUAUGUAGAGGGUAGUUGUACUCAUGCAGUGAGCACCGCUUGGGCAAUGCUAGGUUUGAUUUAUGCUGGACAGAUGGAGCGUGAUCAGACACCAUUACACUGCGCCGCGAAAGUAUUAAUUAAUAUGCAGUUGGAGACAGGUGAUUUUCCUCAGCAAGAACAUGCUGGAAACAACAACUCCUCUGUUUACUUCAACUACCCCAACUACCGCAACUUGUUCCCUAUUUGGGCUCUUGGAGAGUAUCGUCGCAGACUUGUUGCAAAGAAAAACUGACGUUGACUCGUGAAGCAAAUGUGUCAUACACCUGAUAGUAUCACACAGGAGCAAAAAUAAAAUAAUGGUGCUUGAUUAUUGUAAUACAGCCCCUUGUAUUUUUGUAAAAAAAAAUGGUGUUUGAUUGUAAAACAACUUGUAGCUGCAAUGUGUACAAGUGCACGUAUCUUGAGCCAAUACAGCACAUAAUAAUAUCUGGACUACAAGUUUGUAUGGUGCAUAUAGAAACAGUACAUAUCACAUAUACUGCUGUCACGUUAAUACCUGAGAAGAAUUGGAAAUAUGCAUCAUGCAAGUUUUAUGAUGGAU